AGCACGUUCACAAGAUGGCGCUGUUGCGUUCACGGACCACUCAGUCCGACCGCCGUGAAGACUCUUGAACGCCUCGUGCUCUCCUCUGCUGCUGCUGCACCGCGGCGGCGGUUUCCCGGGCAACCGAGAAGCGACAACAAAACUGGAGCAAGUUCACAACAAGACACCUGAGGGGAGAAGCUACACAGGGCCGACUUUACAGGGUUUGUUUCGGUAAAAUGUAAAUAAAUGACUGGAUUAAAAGAGUUCUCCAGAACUCAGCUGUAAGAUGCAGGACUGGAAGUGAAAGUCCAUUUAAGUUUGCGCUCGUAAUUCUUCUUUUCUACAUCAUGAGCGAGGUGUGUGUCCGGGUGGCGGUCCGUGUCCGCCCCUUGCUCCCCAAAGAAGUCCUCCACAACCACCAGGUGUGUCUUCGGGUGGUGCCGGGCUCCGCACAGGUGAUGCUCGGCUCGGACCGACUCUUCUCCUUCGACCACGCGUUCGGACCGACUGCCAGCCAGGACGAGGUCUACGAGUCCUGCGUCCAGCCCCUGGUGGAGUCCCUGCUCGACGGCUACAACGCCACCGUGUUUUGUUACGGACAGACGGGGUCAGGGAAGACCUACACACUCGGAGGAGGGAACCUGGCCCCUUUACCUGUCUCAGAUGUAGAGGGAGGGAUAAUCGACCGUGUGGCCCAGGAUGUGUUCCUGUUGCUGGAGGAGAAGAGGAACAACAGUGACGGUGUGGACGCCACAGUGCGAGUCUCGUACAUGGAGCUCUACAGGGAGGAACUGCGAGACCUGCUGGAGCUGCACACCGUUCACAAAGAGCUCCAUAUCAGAGAGGAUGAGAGGGGAAACACAGUGGUGGUGGGAGCCAAAGAGAUGGUUGUCACGACAGCAGAGGAGCUUCUGAGUGUUCUAGAGACGGGGAAUGCUCUACGCCACACUGGCACCACAGGGAUGAAUGAGCACUCCAGUCGCUCUCACGCCAUCCUCACCCUUCAGCUCACCCAGUGUUGCCACAACAACUCCUUAAAAUCUAUUCGCUCCUCCAAACUCUGUCUGGUUGACCUAGCAGGCUCGGAGCGGGCUGGAAAAACUGGAAACACUGGGACACGGCUCAAGGAGUCUGUUCAGAUCAACACAGGCCUGCUCGCGCUGGGCAACGUCAUCCGAGCCCUCUCUGACCCAGCUCGAAAUCGGCGCGGUAACAGCUGCAGCAGUGCACACAUACCGUACCGUGAUGCCAAGAUCACCCGUCUCCUCCGUGACUCACUAGGAGGCACCGCCCACACACUGAUGGUGGCAUGUGUGAGCCCCUCUCACCACAGUGUAGCUGAGACUCUGAGCGUCCUGCAGUUUGCAUAUAAAGCUCGUCACAUUCGUAACCGUCCUGCAUCAUCCGCUCAAACAGAGGUUAAAUCCUGUCCUACAUCCUGGGACCCUGGUGAUGCUCGACUGGGCGAGCUUGAGUUUGAAGUACAGACUCUGAGAGAGCUCCUGAAGGAGAAGGAGAGAGAGAUAGUGAUGGAAAAGGAGAGGACAGGUGGAGAGGGGGACAGCUUUAAGCAGCCCAAUCAGACAGUGAUAUCUACUCCUGAUGAUAAGGUCAACCAAGAGGAACCAUCACAGUACCGCCUUCUAGCACAGGAAGCUGCAGCCCUGCUUGCAGAUAUCACCGGCCCCACUCCAAGUCAUUCCUUCAGGCAGCGACUGCAAGACUGGCAGGAGAGACUGACAGCUGUCAAUCACUUGCAUCGCGCUGAUGAUAAGGGCUGUUCGGAGGGGGAUGGAGACCAAACCCGCCACGUUACCAUAUUAAAGCUCAGAGAGGAACUCAACAAAUGCAAGGAAGCGCUUACCUUAGAGGAACAACUUCUGGAAGAGAAGGAUGCAGAGCUGAGACGGGUCCAAAAAGAAGUAGAGGCACUUCUUCAAGAGAGCAAAACACACCUCCAGGCCUUAGAGGAAGAAAAGGAACGUAAUCGAAUACAGGCUGAACAACUUGUUGACCAGCAGGUCCUCAUCAGUCGUCUCCGCAGCGACCUCAUGACCUUCAGGGGUAAUACCUCGCAGGCACCGGUGGAAACAGGGGCUUCUGGGUACUCAAGCAAGAGACCCCGCAGUGUCCCUCUGAUCAGAGACAGCUCUGCACACGGGCCUCCCAGGAGGAUCCACUCCAGUCCCCCAGCUUAUUCUCUAGAGAGGGUGAUAGCAGCCUUUAAGAUGCGCGGUCAUCUCCUGCUGGCUGAGAUUGAAGAGAAGGAUGAGGUGUACUGUCCAUUCGUAAAGCAACAGGCGGAGAGAGAAGACAAGGAUCAAGAGAGGGAGGAGGAAGAAGAGGAUAUGAGCAGAAUGGGAUUUAGGCGCAUUUUAAACCGAACAUGGACCAGCAGGCAAAAGAAUUCAGCUUUGAAAGAGAAAACCUCCGGAUCAAACCAAACAUCUAGCGGAAAUCCGUCAGCACAGCAGACUCUGAAAACCACAGGGAUCAAGGAAAACAAUCAAAGCCAGAUGAGAAAGGAGAGACUAAGAGCCAGUGUCACUCAGAGACGGAUCCGAGAUCUGUCAGUCAACAUGCACAUGAAAGAGGAGCUCAUCAGAGAGCUUGACAAAACUGACAAGAAGACACAAGCAGUGGACAGACAUGGCAGGCUCAGUGUUGAUAGCAGAGAACCCGGCGUGUUGGCCAGACUCUCCAUGCAGAGCCAGCAGGUCAAAGCAGAGUUGUACCGCAGUCUGCAGCACAUGAGACUGCAGAGAGCACAGCUUCAGGCCAGCCUCAAGCAGCAGAGAGAGACCAGUGACAACAACAAAGGACUCGACCAAAAUGAGGCGCAAAGGCCAGGAGAUGUUACUGUAUGGAACCACAACCACCAGAAAGGGUCAAAAGAAAACAGUCGUUUGCGUGACAGUUGUUUGUUGGAGGAGGAGGAGGAGUGGGUGCUCCAGAGGAGAGCAGAGCUGCAGGAGCUGGAGGACGAGCUGAGAAGGCGAGAGGAGGUGCUCCUGCGCAGGGAGGCCUGUCUGCAACAGAAAAGCAAACUGGAGAACAAAAUGCUUCGUUCCAGUGAGGCUCUGAGUCAGGACCUGCUGCGUGUGUCGGUGCAGUUAGAGUCUCUGGAGGAGAAGCUUCAGAACAGCAGCAGAGUGAGUCGGACUGGACGGGUCACGGUAGAGGAGCUACAGGAAGAGAGAAACAAGCUUAAGAAGAGGAGAGACACUCUGGAUGCCCAGCUGAGGGACAACAGAGUGCUAACCGUUGAGGAGGAGCGUUCCCUGCUCCAGCUGGAGGAAGCUAUCGAAGCUCUGGAUGCUGCCCUGGAGUUUAAAAACCGCUCAAUCCAGGACAAACAGAAGAAGCUGUUAAUCACAGACUCGUCUUUAAGUCGGUCACAAAGCACUGAACCCGCCCAGCUAUGUGACGUCAACAGGAAGCUGAAGGAGCUCUCGACACCUGAGGCUUCUGAGCUGCUCGUCAAAUAUUUCAACAAGGUUGUUUGUCUCUGUGAGACAGAACGCCACUUACGUUUGCGUUGUGAAGAGCUGGAGCUUCAUGCUGGAGAGCAAGAGGUGGUGCUAAGGGAGCUGGAGGCCGCCAUGCAGCGUCUGGCCUUGGAUGCUGACCGCAGGCUCACCCAGCAGCACCGAGAUCACCAGAACAACAUCCAGCUACUGCUGCAGAAACUUAAAGAGGGUGGUUCAGAAGAUGCACAGCAGGCUAUCCAAGACAGAGUGCAGCAUCUAGAGAAAGAGCUGUUUUUCUACAAAAGCUCUAGCCGAGAGCUUAAAAAGAAACUCAGACAGUGUCUCAGUGAAGCCCUCCACCGUGUUGAUCAGCCCUCACACGCACAGAAGCACAAACACCCACAAAAUAUGCAAAUACAAGCAAGUGCACAUGAGCCAGAGACACACACUGAAGAGGUACAGAAGAGCACACAUAUUGUAACAACAUAUACAAAGAUACACGCUGAGCAAACAGACAAAAAGACACACAGCUAUUCUCACCCUAACCUCCAAACACACAAGAAGUAUGACAUGCCUGAACUUAACCAGGCACACACACAGUCCCAGGAGGGAAGUGAAAGAGGAGCUGGUCACUCUUGGGAGAGUUUAGAGGUCACACCAGUCCGUUUGUGUCGCAGAGAGCUGAGACAGAUCUGUCCAGCUGACCUGCAGGUCAGUGGUUCUGCCACAAGGAGGCGCCAGACAGUUGUGGAUACCAGCACAGAAUCAAUAUUAGAGGACUCUAUAGAAGUUACCAGGAACACUGACAGAUGAUGUUUUCAUUAUUUGUAGUCCAUCUGGUCGUUUUCUGUUGAUUAUAAUACAUACAAGACAUUGAGCAGCAAAUGAGAAUGCUGGAGUUUAUGACCUGAGAAGAAGAAGGUCUCUUUGAGUGAUACUGGAAUGUGGUUAAUGUUGAAAUGUCUGUGCAGUGAGUCAGUUCAGCCUCUUGUCAUCGCGCUGUUUUUCUAUUCAUCCUGUGUCCUUCGUGGUCAAAGAUUUCUAUCUCUUCUGCAGUGCUGAAUGCUGCAAAGUUUAAACCAUUCAGUAAGACAAGAAAGGCCGUCGUUGUCAUGACAACUAAUAAAUGACACGGAGGUGGGAUAGAACAAUUUCCAAUAACUCAGCUAUUGAAUGUUUUUUACACUAGAAAAUUGAGUGAAUCUCCCAUUUUUAGAUUAUUGUCUCAGAUAUUGCCUCAACACUGCACAUUCCGCGUGUUCUUUCAUUAAGUUAUUUGCAGACUGUAAUUUUCCAGCUCUUGAGAAGAGAACGGAGGCUAUUUAAUGCAAAAAGCACUUGUCUGAUAUAUUCUUCUGUAGUCAUAAGUAGGUCAACCUUGCAAUGAUCACAACACUUAAUCAAUUAUCUUCCUUUACAAACACUAUGAGUUUAGACAGAUACAAUUAGUUAGGGAUAAUAUAUUCAUCCAUCUGUUGUCAAAUGUCAUCAAAUAGUCUUCCACCUUUAAGCUUCAGCACUGAAAGUGGCCAGUAGCUGAAGUGUUUUCUGCACUUCAAAAGUAAUUUAAAGCUUUGUAAUGUUUUUAAUACAUUUGAUUUGUAUAUGUAAUUUUAUAACUGUGUGCACUAUGUACCAUUAAAUGUUGAUUGCUGUGUAAAUUAUCUUUUAUAUAUAUUAAACAAAUAGCAAUAAAUGCAUAUCUGUUUACUGU